AUGUUUGGUUCCAAACUGCGAUCAUGGAUGGAGAAUCAUAUCGUUCGCCCCAGGAAAAAAGGAAAUAAAAACAAAAGUGGCAAUAGCAGCAGCAAUUUCGGUAUUUUAACCGCCCAGAAUGGCCACGCUAAAGGAGCAUCGUACGCCGCGGACGGUGGCACUACUACUACUAUCGGAAGUCCUGCCAGGCGGAGUGAAGUUUCACCCAUCCAGAGUCACACCAAAAGCCGGCGUGGUUGGCAAUCUCCGAAUCAGGAUCAGGCUCCAUCGUUAUCACCGAAACUCGACGACCAACAGCAUUAUCAACUGCAAUACCAAUGUGUUCGCAAUCAAUCGACGGCGCCAAUAUACGGAAAUGGAACACUUCCUUCGGGGACAGGUUGUCAAUACAAUACACCACUAACUUCCUUCGGAAGUAGCAGCUAUAUUGCGAACGGGUACCUUGCACCGCAGCAGGUAGUGCCGCAUUGCACAAUUUCAUCGCCGAAAAGUAUUCUCAAACACAGCACUUCAGAAACGAAUAAUAGUGGAAACUAUUCUAAAAGCGUUGACAGCAACUACUCUCAUACGAUGUACGGUAUGAAGGAGGAAGGCUAUCGAAAAUCCUGCGGUGCUGGGACGGGCGUUAUGACCUCCGCUCACAACGGUAGCUACGGAAAUGUGAUGGUAAACACAUUGAAUUACUCUACUGCAACCAGUUCUAGCAAUGAACUGCUAGAGGACCUGCAGCACAUUGAACAGAAUCGCUUGAAAAAAGGACAACACAUAAAAAUUAGUUCUAGUUCAUCGUCGUCAGUAAAUUCGAACAACAACAUGAUUAACAACAACAGCAUGAUUGGUAACAAUAACAACACGUAUAUUGGUAGCAAUGGAUUCGAAGCACAGAGUAAAUAUGGAAAACCGUCGGGUUUGUCUGGUAAACAUCAGAUUUCCCAACAAUUCAGUAGUGCGGGACCAUAUUACGAGCAGCACAACAGCAUCAAUAACAAUUCAGUGUACGGUGGAGGAAAAUAUGCAGCCCCGAUAGGUCAACUGAAGCCCGCAGUCUGCAAUGCACCUUCCACAAACAACACCCCACACGGUGCCAAAAGUAAUCGCCUUAUUACCGGCCCCAACAAUAAUAACAAUAACAACAAUUUUGAAAUAUGUCACACAAAUUCAAACGUCGGUAGCGGUUCCAGCCAUACCCAAACCGUCAGUUCAACAUUAUCGAGCUUCACCAGCAAAUUUCACAAACUGGCUGCCAAUAGAAACUCGCUCGACCAAACCGCGGCCUCCACCACCGUCACCGUCAACAACACCAGCAGCAAUGGAAAACUGAAUCAUGUGAACAACAACAACAGCAACAACAAUGCCAGCGGUACACCAUCUGCUUCCGGAAUCGUUUACCAUCGCCACAAAGAACAACGGCAACAGCAAAACUCCCAGCAGAACCCAGCAGCACAACCUCACCACACCCACAACGCAACUGGAACUAGCAACGGCACCGGUCAGCAUCAUCCGCAUCACGCCCAUCCACCGCACCCGGUUGGCCAUCACAAUACGCUGUCCUCACCGGAAAGUGCUUACUCUACUGGAUACUCAACGGACGGUACAUCGCCCGGUGGCUGCUCUUACGCGCCGGAGUAUUACAUCAACAUCAGGACUGGCACCCACUACUUUCCGAAAGGACUCACAGCAUGCAGUGGUGGUGGCGGCAUUGGCGCCGGAGGAGGACCAGGAGGCUUCGACAAUGGAAACAAAUUCAAGUGCGGUCUCAACCGGAUUGAGGAGAAACAUGUUGAGUUUGCUGUUGAGGAUUUGCCAUCUCCAAGAAAAUGCUCCAGCGAAUCCUACGAGCUGCAAAAAGGAAGUGAACUGGUUGCGAGCGGAAAAGGCUCAACCGGCAUGGCAAUUCUCAAGAACGAUUCCAGCAGUAGCAGCUGCAAUAAUAACGGUAGCAGCAACAACAACAACGGUUCCUUAUCACAACAGCAGCAUCAGACGGUGCCAAAUGCAAUUGCAAUGAGCCCUAUUAUGCAGAAAAAUCUCGGCAUGCAGCACUAUCGUAGCAUAGAAUCUCCCUCGCCGAGGCAACGCUGCCGCAUCAGGACCAACCCGUGGCUUACGACUCUGGACGGAUCGUUGGCCAGUGCCAGUCUCAAGAGGACGGAUCAAGACUCGGGAUCGACGACUUCGUCGGGAAUCAAGUCCAGCAGUGGCACAGAUGACAAUAAAAAAGACUCUAAGAAAUCAAAUGCCCUUUCCGAUUCGGAAUCCAGUUCGUCAACGGAGAAGGUUGUUAGUAAAAAGAUGUUAACUCCGAAAAGCAUUCGGAAAGGGGCGGACGUGUCCAGACUAGACAGUAAAGCUACCACCUUCUGCUCCAAUCUGGACAGCGAUGAGGAUGCGACUCUAAACGAAAUGAUGGGCAAAUUCGACGAGAGUUACCAUUACGAGAAAGAGACUGACAUCUUGAGCUGCAGCGAUUCAGAUCCGACGGACUGUCCGUCGGAUAUCGACACAGGGCAGGACGCCGGUGACGAAUGUGAUACGGAUGAUUUGCUGGAUCUGGACUUCAUCGAUACCGGAUCGAUGCAGGAAGUCACCGAUAAGGAAAGUUACAAACACACCGGCAGUUGUUCCUAUCAUAACUUCCCGGAGAAAUGCUCGUCGAAGCAUCGAACUCGUGGCAAGCGAACCGGCGAAAAUGGUAGCUCAAAACGGCGAAAGAAAUUGGUUCGCACCCGGAAGAAGCAAGUGGACGGAACGAAUGGAGUCUCACCGGUAGGCAAUGUAGCUGUCAGCCGAGGUUGCAGGAGCCUUGGUGGAACACCAGUGUCAUUGAGAAGAAAUCAGUCUGAAGAGAGAUCAUCAAAUCACAACUCACCGCUGACGAACCGAAGUAAUUCGUUGACAUUUACCGAAGUGCAUUCACUCCACAGUCGAAUACUAGCGAUUUCGGAAAGUGAAAAGGCACUCCUAAGAGCUGAUCUCGAAGCCGAUGUAAAGUACAAGCAGUUGAUACAUGAAGCAGAAACUAUUCUGUUUUCAAUGAAAACAAACACCGUUAAGGAAAUGAAAGAAACAAAAGAACCACCGACUACAAUUUGCAGUCCUCGGAGAAUCUGCAAUCCACCGGCGAACAAACGAGUAGAAAUCCUACGAAACUGCGAAGCAGAUCUCAAGCGAGAGUUAGCUAAAACAUGUUCGCAACGUUGUUCGGAAAACGGCGCCGAACUGAAUCCAAUCGAGGGGGUCAUCAUUAACAAACGGCUGGAAGUUCUUCGCUACGAAACAUCCAUUUCGGCUCCGAACAGCCCCAAAAACUCCCGAGUAAUACCGCGAAAAACUCACGUUAGUAAUUUCAUAAACCAGAACAUGUGCUCCGAACUGAUACGUCGCCAAAACGAUAACGAGAAUGACCUGAAAAGUGCCAAAAUGUCUACGCAAGCAGUAACCUACGAGCGCAACAUUGUACCUCCGAAGUCGCCAAUCAUCACCAGAAGACGAUUCCGCAGCCAAAGUCCUAAGCUGAGCAUCGAUUCCGACUCGGACUCGGACUGUGAUUUGAGCCGAAACUUAGACAAAAAUCACAACAAAAGUAAAUGCAACAAGGAGAAUAUUUCCUCUGCGAGGAAAAACAUUACAGGGAAACAGUUGAACACCUUCAGACAUACGAUUCACUCGGCCGGUUUGGCGGGUGAAGGCGAUUCUUUCGCGACCGAGGAGAUUGCGACUGUCGGAAAAACGAUAAUUUACUCCAGUUCGCUGAACGAAAGCGACAUGAAGAGGGGAAUACAGAAGUCGCCGCUGAUGUCAUUCCGAUCGGUGGAUAUCGGAAACACGAUUACCGACGAUAGUUACUGUCCCCAAAGUGAACCACUGAAGAGGAAGAUCUACACCGGUAGUUCUACGUUCGAGAAAAUUCAACGCAGCCUCGAUGCCGAUCCGGAGCUGUCGAAGAAAGCUUUGCUGCACAAAAUCACGCUGCUGCGACGCGAGCGCCAGGCAAAGUCACAGCAGGAAAACGCUGCUAACGUUACACAUCCGAAACACGAACCAACCGGCAGCAGCAGCAGCAAUAGUAACGCUUCGACGGCGAUGGUAACGACAUCGACCCUCGUAACGGUGACUAACGGUGAUAAAGCUUUCGAUGCGGAAACCAAACAGCAACUAAUAAUGAGCACCCUCGCCGAUAUCAAGCGAAGCCUCGAGGAUCAAAGCGUUGAACUGAACGAGCUCAACGAUUCCGAUCAUUAA